GCAGGAGAUGUGGUGGACAUCUACCAGAGGGAGUUCCUGGCCCUGAGGGAGCGCCUGCACUCAGCCGAACAGGAGAACCUCCGGCGCUCCAAGGAGCUGAACCUGGUUCUGGAGGAGAUCAAGCGGGCCAUCGCCGAGAAGCAGGCGCUGCGGGACAUCAACCGCACCUGGAGCAGCCUGUCAGAGGAAACGCGGCUGAAGCUGUGGAACGUGAGCAGCAGUAAAAACGUCCUGCAGCUUCCCUCCAUCUUCCAUCAUCUUCCUCACCUGCUGAGCCGCGAGGACAGCCUGCAGCCUGCCAUUCACCUGGGCCAGGGACGCACCGGCGUCUCCAUAGUGAUGGGCGUCCCAAGUGUGAAGAGGGAGGUCCACUCCUACCUGACGGACACGCUCAGCUCUCUGAUGUCGGAGCUCAGCCCGGCAGAGAAGGACGACUGCAUCAUCGUCGUCCUCAUCGCAGAGGCCGACCAGCAGUACGCCAGCGCUGUAGCCGACAGCCUGAAGCGCCUUUUCCCGGCUGAGAUCCAGUCCGGCCUCCUGGAGGUCGUCUCUCCGUCGCUGCACUUCUACCCAGACUUCUCCAAACUCAGAGAGUCCUUCGGCGACCCAAAGGAGCGGGUCCGGUUAGCGCAGAGCUCCUCCCCCGUCCUGCAGAUGUUUCAGAAGGGAAACACCUGGACUGAAUCUCUGGGCGACCAACAGGCACCUGAUGGUCAUUUGGAUCAGCGGUUCUGGAGCAGAGGCUCAUCUAGAACAAGCAGAGCAGGGGGCCUGAGGACCAGGUGGCAGCCGAUUGUCUCUCAGUUCAGGUGUUUCUGUCUCCAUGCAGGUAAAAUGUUCAAGUCUCUGGAUCUGUCGCUGAUCGUGGAGUUUAUGCUGAUGUUCUAUAAGGACAAGCCCAUCGACUGGCUGCUCGACCACAUCAUGUGGGUCAAAGUGUGCAAUCCGGAGAAAGACGCAAAACACUGCGACCGGCAGAAAGCCAACCUGAGGAUCCGAUUCAAGCCGUCGCUCUUCCAGCACGUCGGCACUCACUCGUCUCUGGCCGGGAAGAUCCAGAAGCUGAAGGACAAGGACUUUGGGAAGCAGACGCUGCAUAAGGGUCACGCCAACCCGCAGGCGGAGGUGACCACCAGCCUGAAGACCUACCAGCACUUCACCCUGGAGAAGGCCUACGCCGGAGAGGACUUCUUCUGGGCCUUCACGCCCGUGGCCGGCGACUUCAUCCGGAUCCGCUUCUUCACGCCCGUCCGCAUCGAGAGGUUCUUCCUCCGGAGCGGAAACAUCGAGCAUCCAGGAGACAAACUGUUCAACACGUCAGUGGAGGUUCUGCCGUUCGACAAUAUUCAGGCUGAGAAGGAGGCGCUGACGGACGGCAGGGAGAAGAAGCCGAGGUACCAUCGGACCGAGGACGGAUUCAUCCGGAUCGGAUCCUUCCAGAACGGGAUCGCAGAGGGAGAGGUCGACCCGACCUUCGGGCCCCUGGAGGCCAUGCGCCUCACCGUGACGAUGGACUCACCUGUCUGGGUGAUCCUCAGCGAGAUCUUCAUAAAGAAAGCAGAGUGAAGCUCCGCCUCCUCAGCUCACCUGAGCGCAGAGCGGCGCCCCCGUGUGGCCGCCGCGGAGCCGCUCAGCUCAGAGACUGAAACCCUGGGAACAGGCGGCGCCGGCUGGUUUCCACGGCAACGCGGACCAUCCAGAGUUCUGUAUUUAUGUGUACAUACGGUAAGAUAAAUGUGAAAACACUGGAAGUUGGAGCGCCGAGCCGCUUCCGAUGAUCGAUCUGCUGCUUCGACACACUUCCUGUCUGCAGACACACCCCUUCCUGCCGUCACACACCACCUUCACACACACUCACGGGCGCGUGUGGGUGUGUGUCAGCCGCUGCGGGUCCUCCCUCCGUCGGUUAACGAGUUGCCUUAACGAGGACAGAGCAGACUGCGUCCAUGUAGCGUCCGUCCUGCUGAGACUACUGAAGGCGUUUGGAGUCCGACCUGAGGCCUUCUCGCCACAGCGCCCCCUGUUUACUGCGCCGCCUGGAAACUUCCUGUUUUCCGUAGAGAGACUGUUUUCCAUCCAGACGUUGUCUUCCAGAGAGGGACCAGCCUGCGGGCUCGGAGCAGAGGAAGUUUGGAUAAAUGGUUCCCGUUCUGUCGUUCCUUCACAUCAGCUGUAGGUGCCUUCUGAUGUAAAUAGUCCCGAAACGCGGGUCGCUCUUCCCGACCACAUUUUACUCCCUUUAGUUUGGAUCUUAGAUGUGGAGGAACAGCAGAUUUUCUCUUCUGAUCAAAAAUGCCAAGAAGUUUUUCUACGCCACGUCACACCGGAUCUGCAGCCGUCCUCCAUCACAGCAGGACGUCAAAAAUGUUUCAACUGUGGAUACAAGCAUCAACAUUAGCAUGCUAACCCCAUAUAGCAUGUUCUGUAUGGAUGACGGCCAUUUUUCAAGAUGGUUGCCUUUUUUUUUUACUAAUAUUUGCUAUAAAAUGUUCCUCAUUUCCAUGAGUUGGAGGAACUUUGUGUCUCAACAAAACUUUAAAGUGAUAAAAAGCAGCAGAAUCAGAAACUGAGGAUUUUGCUGUUAGCGAGAGACGGACCAUUUAACGGUUAGCGUUAGCUUCACUAAUUUUUUAAACGUAUUGAGCAGUUUAGCGUUAGCAUAACUAAGAUUCUCCUUUAGUUAGUGGCUAGUGAACCAUACAUAGCUGAACUGGUUAGCAGUGGAUAAUAAUUCCUGCCAACUUUAGUGCAAAUAUGUAUUCUCCAUUAAAAUCAUGGUGGCCAUUUUGAAAAAUGUCCACCAGAAAAAGGAAACACAAGAUCAAGAAAAUAUAAAUAAUUUGUAUGGUUGAAAACAUUUAGACUUUAAUUUGACACCAAACACAUUCAUCUAAUUGGAGACUUUUGUGCAAAACUAAAAAUUUAUUUUCCAUUACAAUGGCAGCCAUCUUGAAAAAUCAAAAACUUACCUAUAAUUAUGAUUUCUAUGGGUUAUGUAUGAUUUGACUCCAAAAGCAUUAUACUUUGGCAAACUUAGGGCCACAAUAUAUUUUCCUUGACCACCAUGGCGGCCAUCUUGAGUGUUUCAGAGACUAGGGCUUUUUUUGGGGCGGAACAUUUGUGCCAUGUUUGGUUCUUGUAUCCGCACGUGAAAGAUUUUGCUGAAACGUUAAAUCUGCUGGUCGAAACUUCCUGCCGUGACGUUCUGCUUUCAUUUCAAAGCUUCUUGCAAUAAACCCUGCAGAUUCACCACGUCGGGUUGGACGGGUUUCACAAACACUGCAGCAGAAAAGGGUUAGAUUAAGAUUUUCACAAUCAUUUUGCUCGUUUGAGCUCCUGAGUAACAACGUUUUCAGUCAGGUUUUUCAGAAAAGCUAAAAACAAGGCGAUCCAAUCAGUUUAGUGAUUUUUCCCAUCAGAUCCGUUGGACCAUUUCGGUAAAGAAAACCAGGAAAAAGACCUCAGGGAACAAUUUAUCUGGACUUUCCCUCCGCUCAGACGGAGCUCCGGUCUCUCUGCUCAGACUCACUGAACAUGACUUGAGUUUUAUUUCGUUUCCUCUUUGAUGCACUGGAUUGCAUUACUGUCAUCUUGUUUGUGUCUUUUGUACCCUUUAGAUAAACUAUUUAAAUGAGCUUAAACUUCUAUCCAAUCUGUGGAUUGUAAUAAAGAGAGAAAAUGAAAUCA